GUUUGGGCUGCCCCAGUCGCGUCGCCCCCUGUGCGUUGGCGCCCUGUUGGACGCAACCAGCGUCCAGUAGGAGCUCCCAAUCUCGCCUCCCCCUCCCCUGGCGGCGCCGUCGUUCUCCACCAGGAAGGAAAGAGGAUCUUUGAGGUGUUGGAUUGAUCGGAGAUGAGCGCCCGGCGGUUUUUGAACAUCCUGGUGUCGGAUUGCCAGAAAUUCACGUACACGCUGCGGCGCUUCGUUCUGUCCCACAACCAGUUCUUCUACCCAACACCAGAAGAAGCAGCGGAACAUGCCAAAGUGGUGCCUCCAUUGACAGGCAUGCCCGACAAGUCAACCCUAUCAGCUAACUCCUCGGCGGGGGCGGGGCACAACAACAAGAAGAAGCCGAUGUAUAUUCGGCCGCCGGCACCGAUGGUGAACAUGAAACCAUCGAUAUGCGCCAAGACUCCGUACGAUCGACGGGGCCAGAUGGAUUGCUUCCCUCUCACUGAAACCAAGCUCUUCUUCACCGACAGCUCCGCGCGCAUCUUCCGCUUCGAUGCCGACACUCACUGCAUCGACACCAUGCCCAGCCUCCACACGCCCAAGUCCUCCCCCUUGUCCUUCUCCAUCCCUCCAAAUCCGACCACCUCGAAGGAAGGCGAAGGCGAAGGCGGAGGCCUCUACAUCAUGGACAGGAUCCUCAGGCCCAACAAGGAGGGUCAGGUCCAGUUUGAGUCUAUCUCGUACCGCAGGCGCUGCAACUACUCCACCAAGGCCUGGCACUGCGACGCCCUCCCGCCGCCGCCUUUCGUCCACGACCCGGCCUACAAACAAGCCUCCAUCUGCUCCUAUGCCCUGGUUGGCGGCCACACCAUCUGUAUCUCCAUCAGGGGCGUCGGCACGUACUGCUUUGACACGCUGGCUUGCGAGUGGAGCAAGGCUGGCAACUGGCUCAUGCCGUUUCAUGGCAGGGCGGAGUAUGACCCGGAGCUCGGCCUCUGGUUUGGCGUCUCUGAGCGAAACAUCCACCUCCCCUGCGUCGCCGACAUCUCCGGUGUCCUCAGAGGGGAGGAGCCGCUGCCGGAGCACACUCGAAUCUGGGAGGAUACUGACAUGCCAGAGGGGUGGUACCCGCACAGUCCGUGCCCCACCGAAGUUGUCAGCCUGGGUUCAGGCAGGUUUUGCGUCACCAACUUUGUUGAAACUAAGGACUUCGAUGAGCGCUGCGGCCAUUCGUUGGUUGACGACAUAUUUGCUGUCUUCACCGGCAUGGAGCUAGUGUUACCCGGCAAUGACAAUGAUGAGGGCAAAGCCAGAAGCAACGGCAAGGGCGACUCCAAAGGCAAUGCCAAUGGGAACGGCAACGGGAUUGCUGGUGUGCGUAUGAUUAAGCAUAAAUCCAGAUCUUGCAGGAGUCACGGCACCAACUUGAUCAAGUCUGUGCUCUGAUGAGGCAUAAUAUAUAGUCUGCUCUCAGGCCAUGUCCUACUUGGUCUGCCUGCUUUACCCUCUCUAUCUCUACUCUUAUAUAUGUAUUGUAAUAAGAUACCGUAUGUAUGUUGAGGCUUCAUUUGCUAUAUAGUCCUGCUGCUCUUUUGUAUCUCGCUUUCCCAGUUAGCAAUCAAACUUUGAAUAAUCUUGGGGCAGAGUGACUGGCGUGCUUUGCCUCUGA